AUGGCAGAAGAAAAACGACCUGCAUUCGGCUCACGUCAUUUAUCCGAUCAGCAAGACGUAUUUUCUCAUAAUGCUUGGGACGACGUUGAAUGGACAGACGAGCAAAGUGAAGAAGCAAAUGCUAUUAUAGAAAAACAAUAUGAACAUCGAAUGUCUGAUACGAAAUGGGAAACUCUCAAAUCUGAUUUGCCAUCGGCUUGGAAUCGUUUUUAUAAUGUACAUGAGAAUAAAUUUUUCAAAGAUCGUCAAUGGUUGUUCACUGAAUUUCCCGAAUUGUUAGUAUCAAAUACAAAUACAGAACAAGUAUUAAACAUAUUAGAAGUUGGUUGUGGUGUCGGCAAUUCAAUAUUUCCAAUAAUACGUACAAAUAAUAUAAAUUCAAAUUCAAAUGUAUUUCUUUAUUGUUGUGACUAUUCAUCAACAGCUAUCGAUAUAUUAAAACAAACUUCUGACUAUAAUACAAAGUACUGUCAUGGAUUCGUAUACGAUAUAACAAGUUCGAAUCCAAUGCCAUUUGAAGAGAAUUCACUAGAUUUUAUAUUAAUGAUAUUUGUAUUAAGCGCAAUUGACCCGUCUCAGCAUGAUCAUGUUAUAAAAAAUCUUGUGAAAUAUCUAAAACCUGGCCGCGGUAAAUUGUUGUUUCGCGAUUAUGGUUUAUAUGACAUGGCACAAUUACGAUUUAAAAAUGAUAAAUGUAUCGAAAAAAAUCUUUAUGCAAGAUCGGAUGGAACAUUAACAUAUUUUUUUCAACAAGAUCAACUUGAUGAACUUUUUACUCGCAAUGGUCUUACAAAAGAACAAAAUCUUAUCGAUCGAAGACUUCAAGUUAAUCGUUCUAGACAAUUGAAAAUGUAUCGAAUUUGGUUACAAUGCAAAUAUAUCAAAGCAUAA